AUGCUCACUUUGUUCCGCAUCUAUAAUUCAAACCUACAACUUCAACUUACUACACUGCGCUUUAUACCCCGUACGUUAAAAAAGUACAAGCACACUUACACAUCUUUCUUCGAACCUAAUUCUAUAAUGGUGGGCGGCACAACUACUACCAGCGGCACGACUAGCCCAGUAAGACUUUCAGACCAACCAAAAGAAACACCCGAAGAGAUGCCCGUCUUUAAUCACGAGCAAUGUCUUUUUUGCAACAAGCUCUUUGAUACCUUCGAUUCCAACGUAGCACACAUGCAAACAGCACACGGUCUAUUCAUACCCGAUAAGAAGCAUCUUAUCGUAGACUUGGAAACGCUAUUCUCCUACCUUCACCUCGUCAUAGUCGGCUACAAUGAGUGUAUCUGUUGUGGGACUCAGAGAAACUCUACUCUCGCAGUACAGCAACAUAUGGUUGGCAAAGGCCACUGUAGGUUCGAUAUCUCUAGCCAAGACUCAGAGUAUGCGGAUUUCUACGAUCUUUCCGGAUCAGAAGCAGAAAGUGAAGAAGAUGAAGACACCGACGACACCUCCAAGCCAAAGAAAGGCGAGAUGGAGAACCCUAUUGUGCAGCCAGAUGAAAAUUCUUUGAGACUUCCUUCUGGCCGGAUUAUAUCAAACCGCUCUCAAUCGAAUAACAAUAUUCGGCGACAACUCCUUAGAUCACGGUCUCCAAACGAGCCAGAGCUAUUAGAAGGAGGAUCAACCAGCAAUGAGAACACUGAGAAGACGGAAACUUCAACGUCAUUAGUAACCCGGUCGGGCAAGGGAGGGCUCGCUCUAACAAGGAGCGAAAAACAAGAGAGCAAAUUUGCUAAACAGCGCGCCACCCUUAGUGCCAAUGAUGAGAGGAGUAUCGCUCAUCUCUCUUUGCCAGAGCAGAGAUCGGUGCUUGCUAUCAAGCAGAAGCAGGUGGAGAAGGCCCAGCGGAUUAACGAACGAUAUCGUGGCCGAUUGGAGGGGCUUGGAAAUCAAUUUUUGAUGACGCAUUUUGUGAAGGAUGCGGCAGAUAAAAGAACACUGUGGAAAUGA